UGUGCGAGGGGAAGCGAUGGCACCCGCUGUGGCUCAGGGGCAGCUGUGGAGGAGCUGUUGCUGAGCGUGCUGAGCCAUGCUGGCCUUAGGGGGUGUUCAGAUGGGGGCUGUAAGGCAGGAGCUGCAGUCUGUUGGCUGAGUGAAGGGCUUUCCUGAGCAGCACUGGGCACUGCCCCUUCCCUCCUGCUGCGUGGGGAGCCUGGCCCUGCUCCUAAUCCCUGUGAGGACCUCUUGGGGUCUUGUGCUUUGACUCCUGUAACACUCAGCUUAUAAACCUUACUGGCCGCGAGGCUUUGUGAGCUGAAGCAUGCCAAGUCAGGCACGUGUCUCGUGAGGAGGUGAGCUCUGAGGUAUGGCUCUGCUGCUCCUCGUUGUGAGUUUAAUUUCUGGUCUGAAAAAAAUCUGUCUGUAAGCAACUGCAGGGGAACAAGGUGAGCUGUGUCCAGGAUGGCUUUGUAGUGAAUGAAUGGAGCCAGUCUCGUCUCUAUCUCUGGCGGUGUAACAGCUUGCAGAUAAGGAUAAGGCAACGUGUGUCAUGUACCUUGAUUUUUUUAGUGGAGCUUCUGAUGUUGGCUUGCAGGAUUUUCUAAUAAUAAACUGAAAAACCAGUCUAGGUACUGCUUUAGCAGGGUUGCAGAUCUAGUUGUGGAAAAAUGUACUUGGUAUCAGCACUUGUCUGGGGAACUACCUUCAGUCCAUUACUCAUCCACAGUGAAACAGGCCUUGUAAUUACUGUGUUUGAAGAUGAGGUCAAGUUUGAGCUUGUAUGAAUGCACUGCCAGAGAACUGGAAUGCAAAACGGGGAGCUCUAUGGAUAAAAGUAACAGUUGUAGUACUGUAUAUUUCAUAAUUGUGGAGUUGAUUGUAUUGCAGGAAAGGAUGGAGGGGCUGCUGUGGGCUGUAAGCUGAAUGAGUAUCAACGGCUUGCUGUUGGAGAGGUGAAUGCCAUGAAGGUCUCUGUGAGUAAGAAAACUGCUAAUAAGGCACAGGCGUCCUGCUAUGCUGAGCCCAGUGUGUCCAGUACUGGGCUCCACGUGAGAGAAAUUUGUAUGAUUUAGAGAAAGAGGUAGAAGUAAUGAUCAGUCUUUGAACACAUGACUUUUACAGAGCCAGAGAGAACAGAAAGCCGCAGACGUGGUUAGUCUUCAAAUAGAUGAAAGGAUGCUGCCGUGAAGAAAGGGACAGUUUGUUCUCUCGUGUCCACUGGGGGUAGGGUGAGGAGCCAUAAGCUAAAAUAACAGCAAGGCAGAUGUAGGUUACAGUGAAAAAAUGUUCCGUGAUUCUUCUGAACCAGUCGAGCAGUGUUGGACUGACUGGGCAAGACCUGCCAUUUAGAUCACAGUUUAUCAAGAUUGAUUUUCAUCAGGAAUACUCUUGAAUUAUGAGGAGUGCUUUCCUUAAGGUCAAAUGGAGUCACCGAUGGAAAUAACUGCAAAUUCGGGAAUUUUAAGCUUGAAAAGUCAAUGUUGACAGUGAAAUUGUACACAGGUGUUUUAAACACUGUCUCAUUCGAGACAUUCACUAGGAGCCAGUCCUGCUAUUUCCUGAGCAUGUCUUCCACAACCAGCAAAAUCUCACGUCCUGCAGCCUGUGCUCUGCUGCCACAGGAGCUGUGCCCACCUCCCAGGCUGUCAGUUUGCUUCUUCUGUGCUUCUCCAUCAUCCUGUUGCAGCACCUCCUGACGUCAGGUUUGAGCAGCAUCCUGGUACACUGUUUUGCUGUCACACUGUGAACAAUCUCAAUAUUUUUUUUUCUGUACAAUAACCUUUAUUAAGACUUUGCAUUGCAACUAUUAUCAAGAGGAAUUAUUUUCAAGAGAUAGCCCAGAUCCCACCUUCUAUCAUAAAGUCCCAGACCUGUCAGUGCAGGUAUUUCUCAAGUACUGAUGGUGUCUUCUGUCACUCAAGGUGUACUUGAGAACCAUACUUUCAGUUGCUGAGAUCUCAUACAGAUAGUUCUUCCAUCUGCAUGUUGUUGCAUGCUUUCUGUCCUCUAGUUUCUGUCCUGUGUAGCCGUCUUCGUUAUCUCAAGCCUGUUAGUGCAGUUUUGCUAUGUACCAUGCCCCCCAGAUUUGAUAGGCUUUUCCUUAAGAGAGAUUCUUCCUGUACAGUUGUGGUGCCCUUGAGAAGAUGCCCUUAUUGAUCAUCCCUUUUGGAAGCAUUAGGGUGCUACUUACUAGCCCUUUCUGUUGGUGAAAACCCCCCUGUAGCAACCAUUUGCCAUUUCAGAACUUGUCUCCGUGCACAAACAGGUUUGUGGAGUACCUAUGUUGAGAACACACCUGUUUUCCUCAUCUCUUUUUCCACACCCUUUUCUGCUCUAGUAAGUUCAUGGCAGAUGGCUUCAAACACGAGCUUCAACUUCAGUAGCUGUUCCUGAGCCACUGACAUGGAGGAAGAGGAGUUUGGCACUUGGGUAUCUCUCCAGAAGCGAGCCCUUUGCUGGCUGAGGAUUCCUGGUGUGCAGUUAGAGCUGAUUUGGCCAUUCCACCCCUUUCUUCUGUCAUCUAGUUUGUGUAUGGUCUUCCUGUACUUGGACAGGCUUUGGUCAUCCUCCUAUUCCUGGACCAGCAAAUAUUUAACAAGAGAAAUGUUUGCGCUGGAAAAAAGUGUCUUAGGAUAUGUCUGAUGUGAUCCUUCAGCAGAUCAACAAGAUACAGUUAUGUGAUGAAGCAAUGAGCAGGAGAUAUAAACAGCUGCUUCAAUUCUCAAUGUUUUCAGUUCUGCAGCUUCUCCAGCCGUUCUAGUUCUGCAUGCUGGUUGGUUUUGUUGUCAUCUUUUAUGGAAGAUCACCUCCUUUAGAGGCUUCUUGUGCUGACUGAAAAUUCUGCAGAAGAGCAUCGUGUUUCUAUUUGGAGGAUAGCUCUGUAUCCAUUACUUAAUCUGAAAAGGAACAGCAGGAUACACAAUCACAGAAGGGAUUUGAAAUGUUGAUGUGAGGGUAAGAAAAAGAAAUAGGAAGAUGGUAUCUACCCCAGGAGUUUGGAGAUGCUCGUGCUCUUGAGUUUUGUUGCAACACAAAAAUAAAGGGGUGCAGAGAGCUGAAAUUCCCUUGUGCUCCAGUGGACUGGGAGCAUCCUACGUGCAUCUUUUCUGCCCAGUCUGGCUUUCCUCAAGUGCGUGUUGUGGUCCUGCUCCUGACGCAGCUCUUUUGCCACGCAGGAGGCUUCUGAGGAAGGCUUUGAUGUCCACCCUUCAGUGGAAAAAUGUGACGUGGGGGCGUGCAGUGGAUGGAAGGUGAAGAUAUUGUCUGAAGGAGUUUGGGAAGGCACCCACUGCUCUCUGGGUAUUCUGUGCUCCUUCCAGUUCUGUCAGUAGUGUUCUGAGGAGUUGUUCCUGCAACUUUUCUCAUGCUGUUUCAGCUCUAACUUGAAGCAGUUCAAGCUGAGUGCAAACCUGUAAGGAGAGGUGCAGCAGAAGAACAAACAAAGGUGCUCUGUGGGAUUUGAAGCACAGAAUCUACCCGGUGCAAUGUGGGCAAGCAGGCAUCAGGCCUGCAUGCAGCACUCACAUCUGUGGCACUGGUGCUUCUAGGGAAGGCCGUUUCCUCCAGUGCCACCUGCAGUUCAUCCUGAUCAGUCUUCAAUCUUCUGCAGCUCGUGAACGCGGUGCCCUCUGAUCCUCAGCUGAUUGAUUAGAUCCUUAAUUUCCUCCGGGGAAGAAAACGGAUAUUUCAUGUGGUCCACAGCGUGAGGGGAAGAUUGGGUCAGGUCUGCCCUGCUUAGGAGCCUAGAGAAGCUGCUGAAGAAACUUCUUUGGAGAGUCCCAGUGAUGCCUCAUUCUCUGAAGAAAGAAACAAGAUGUUCAGGUGUAGCUGAAGGCUGAGGGGUCAGGAAACACAAGCAGCCUUUUUGCCUCUGGAGCUGGGAUUCGAGGUUCUCCAUUGGGCUUUGGGUGCAUGUGUGCAAACAAAGAGCAGCGCCCACUCCCUGAUCAGCUGUUCUUAGGAUCCUGAUUGCAAGACAAUCACAGUGUUGUGCUGAUGGAUCAUAUGGCAGCGGGAUGGAGCACACAGAGGAAUGAGGCUGUGGUGUUUCCCAUUUUCACUGUCCAUUUCAGCUUUAGAAAUAAUGAUCUGAAGAAAAUAUAAAAUAAAAAUCAAGGCAUUGUGAGUCUUUGCAGAGGGCGAUGGGCUGGCACCUGGAGGAAGGCAACCUGCCUUAGAGGUGGCUCGAUUUGCUCACAAAUACAUGGAAAUUUGGCCUGUUUGAUAAAGACCAACUGUGCCAUGGGCACCAGCUGCGCCGUGGGACAUCUCAGCCUGAUGUUUUCCUUGGAGCACGUGGAAGCUUUCAGCUGGCAGAAAUCCUUGACCUGCCAAGAUGCCAGUUGUGCACAAGCAUGGUGAGAGGAUGAAGAGUUUCAAGAACAAGGGCAAGGACACUGCAGCCCUGCGCAGGCAGCGGGUGGAGGUGAACAUUGAGCUGCGGAAGGCCAAGAAGGAUGAGCAGAUCCUGAAGCGCAGGAGCAUUUCCAUCGUCUCUCUGGAGAAGAGCCCCUCACCAGCAGAAGAGAAAAACGUGAUUGUUCCACUGUCUCUGGAGGAAAUAGUGGAAGCUGUGAAUGGGAGCAAUACUUCGCUCCAGCUGCAGGCGACACAGGCAGCCAGGAGGAUCCUGUCCAGGCAGAAGGACCCCCCUCUCAAUCAAAUCAUCGAGCUGGGGAUCAUCCCUAGGCUGGUUGAGUUCCUGUCCCGUACUGACAAUGCUGCUCUGCAGUUUGAAGCAGCCUGGGCACUGACCAACAUCGCAUCCGGCACCUCGGAGCACACCAGGGCGGUGGUGGAGGGGGGGGCCAUCCCUGCCUUCAUCUCCCUCCUGUCCUCCCCCCACAUGCACAUCAGUGAGCAGUCCGUGUGGGCGCUGGGCAACAUCGCAGGUGAUGGUCCUCUGUACAGAGAUGCUCUUAUCAAUUGCAGUGUGAUUCCUCCCUUGCUGGCUCUGGUGUCUCCUGCAACUCCAGUUGGGUUCCUGAGGAACAUCACAUGGACUCUGUCAAACCUGUGCAGGAAUAAGAACCCAUACCCACCUCUGGAGGCCGUGAGGCAACUGCUGCCCGUCAUCACCUGCCUGCUGGAGCAUGAGGACAAGGAUAUCGUCUCUGACUCCUGCUGGGCUGUGUCCUACCUGACUGAUGGCUCCAAUGACCGCAUCCAGAUUGUGGUGGAUACGGGGAUUCUGCCACGGCUGGUGGAGCUCAUGAGCAGCCCUGAGAUGAUUGUCAUGACUCCAGCUCUGCGUGCCAUUGGGAAUGUGGUUACAGGGACUGAUGAGCAGACCCAGGCAGCUAUUGAUGCUGGUGUCCUGGCUGUCCUGCCCCUUCUGCUGCGACACACGAAGCCAGCUAUACAGAAGGAGGCAGCAUGGGCACUCAGCAACAUUGCAGCUGGGCCGUGCCAGCAGAUCCAGCAGCUGAUCACCUGUGGACUGUUGCCACCUCUGGUGGAGCUGCUUGAUAAGGGGGAUUUCAAGGCCCAGAAGGAGGCGGUGUGGGCAGUGGCCAACCUGACAACUGGCGGCACUGUGGAGCAGGUGGUGGAGCUCGUCCAGUCUGGGGUCCUCAAGCCUCUGCUCAACCUGCUUUUGUCCAAAGACAGCAAAACUAUCCUGGUCAUCCUGGAUUCCAUUUCGAAUCUCUUCCUGGCAGCUGAGAAGCUGGGAGAAACAGAGAGGCUGUGCCUGUUGGUAGAAGAACUUGAUGGUCUGGAGAAAAUUGAAGCCUUGCAAACCCACGAGAACAACAUGGUCUACCGAGCUGCUCUGAAUAUCAUAGAGAAGUACUUUUCUGGUGAGGAGACUUCUGAUCUGCAGCCUGGGACCGAUGAGGAGGGGCUGUACAACUUCUCAGUGGAGAAGCAAGACUUCAACUUCUGAAGAUGAAGCAUUGCACAGCUCUGACUUGGUGGGUGGAGGCUGGGUGUCCUGACCAAGAGGA